AUACGAUAUUUUGUACUACAUAGAUUCAUUGUGGGUCUAGGGCAGCAGGGCAGGAGAAACGAGUGGAGGACGAAAUUGGAAAUGAUAUUUCGAGCUACAUUCCACGUUAUUUGCAUUGUCUUCUUUCUACUUGGAAAGCGCCGAACAAAAUUUUAGAUAUUAUUAUUCACCAAAUACUCACUCAUCGAGAAGAGUCAAAAUUCGCUCACUGAGUCACAAGAAAGUUAGUAGAAAAAACAAUGGAAGAGGAAGGAAUAGGGUUAGUGUUAGCCAGAGCCACAGAACUUCGAUUCAAGAUCACCAACUGCAUUCACCACAAUCCCAAAUCUUCUCCCAAUGCUCUCGGCGACGACGAAGAAGAAGACGAUGAUGCUACUGAUAGGCUUCUCAAUAUUUGCGAUGCACUCGAAGCUUUGGAGACUCAGCUUUCUUCUCUGCAGGUUCUGCAACAACAACAACGGUACGAAAGAGAAAUUGCCUUGGCUGAGAUUGAAAACAGUCGCAAAAUGUUAAUUAAUAAACUCAAGGAGUAUAAAGGUAAAGAUUUGGAAGUGAUACAUGAAGCUUCCACUUUUGCCAGUGAAACAGUGGAGCCAAACAAUGAUCUGCUACUUCCUCCUUAUCCAACCCGUCCUCCAUAUUCUAUGUCUCUUGACAAGGAAUAUCUGUCACAGAACCCUUCUGUCAACAAGUCUGGUCGCAAUGGAUUAAUCACACUUGAUAACGUGAUCGAGCCUAAAAAGAAUCCAAAUGAAAAAGAGAAAAAUCAUGUUGAAGAUGGAGGCAAAAGUUCAAGAAAAGGAUUAUGGUGUGUUAUAACUUCUGCAGCAAAAACAAUGCUCACAGUUGUUGGCGUGGUAUCAAUAUUGAGUUUGUCUGGAUUUGGUCCUAAUUUGCACAAGAUUCGUUUCAAUGCACAAGGCAGGCAUCACAGACUAGAAAACGAGAACGUGACAUCUACCAUUGAGAGAUUGUGUCCACCUGGGAGAGUUUUGGUGAUGGAAAACGGGGAGGCUCGAUGUCUAGUGAAAGAGAGAGUUGAAGUUCCAUUUUCAUCUGUUGCUGCAACACCUGAUAUAAACUAUGGAAGUGGUUAAGAUUAGCAUUUAUUCUCCGCAUUGUAUAUCAUUUCCCCCAAUUUUAUGUUCUAAUUUUUGUUGAUAUGAUGUUGAAAAAAUUACCUUGGUGGUUGAUUUCAUAGUCUUUUUUUAGUAA